GGCUUUGUGUGGAAACAAAUGAGUUAUGCUGCAGCAGAGCGAGAUGAGAACAAACAAACUGCAUACCAGGUGUUUGUUGGUGAAAAUUUUUGCCCUCAACAGCUUGAGUUUGUUGACAGGUAUGCCACCAAACAAAACACAGCAUGGGCACCAAUUGGUUCUUGUGUUAGACAGCAUGAUUUCUUUGUCCAUGGUAUGCAAUAUUCUAUAUUGCCCACCACCUCACUAGAUGGUGAACUACACCUCAAUGUCAUCAAUAAAUCCUGGAGAGCAGUAACAUUUUACUGCUUUAUUGAGGGACUUCUUGAUAGUAUGAGCCCAUUUCUGCAGAAAAACUCGGUGAUUAUACUUGAUAAUGCUUUGCACAGGAGGGAUGCUCUUUGA